AUGGGAACAAAUAUGUCAUCAGAACCAUCUUCGUAUAAACAUUACGAUAAAAGUAUCUAUUUUUCAAAAAGUUUAAAAAAAGAUCCAUAUUCAACUCAAUUUUCAAAAGAAUAUUGGACAGUUAAAAAAACAGAUAAGUCAAAAACUUCUAUUGUAUCUGAUCGUUUCAAUUACCAAAAACAAAAAUAUGGAAAUGAAAAUAAUAAUAAAUUUGUUAGUGCAUUUUGUGAUCAAGUAAAUACAUCAUCAUCAACUUCUUUUAAUAAUGGUUUAAAUAGAUCAUCUUCUGCUACAAUACCUUCAACUUCAAAAUCAAAUCAAUACUAUACAUUUAAUUAA